AGGGAAGAGGGACUGCGGGCCUUGUUGAGUAAACUGCAAUUCGCCAACCAUCGCCGCCUCAGGGUUCAAUCUCGCUCCUCCGCCCAGAUUCUCUGCUACUGCUACGAAAAGCAUAGCCGGAUAUUUGUGGGUUUUGAGAAUUAGUCUGAGUCUUGCGACAUAGCGGCGUCAUUGGGACCUUUGGAGCUCCGCAGCAGCAGUGCCUCUGCUCAGUGGAUAUGGCGUCCCCUAUAGCUCCCGCUCUCCACUACUCGGCAUCGUGGGCUGCGUCUACCUUGCCGUCUUUGCGAGGCGGCGUAAGCGCGCAUGAGAGCUUAUCAUUGAAGCGCACACAAUGGCACGUUUCGCUGCCUCACGUCGUGGGAUGCCAAGCUUUUACGCCCGCUGGAAAUAGUGAUCGGGAAUGUGGGAGUUUUGGAAAGGACUUGGGUCCCACGACAAGUAUAACUUUGUCAGGUGCCAGUCUUAGAGAACGGCCCCAAUUUGGCAAGUUUCAGGCACAGACCACAACAGCAUCAGGCAGUGGUUUGCCGCAGGAACAGGAUGACGACACAACUAACCUACACAAACCUGAUGGAAAUCGGAGUGAGCCUGAUGAUCAAGGUCACAGCGCUCUACUUCAAUCUCCAGACCAAAAAACUGCCCUAGGCACCAUGUCGGGAGGUAGUUCGAAAAUUAAUGUUAUGGGUUCGUUGGAAGUUGAGCCACAGCUCAAGGAGAUUGACGACCUCGUGAAAUCCAUGCGGGGAAUCUUGUUCAAAGCUGAAUACGGACUUGGAGAAAGAUUAUCUGACGAAGAUGAUAAGGCGGUUAGGGCUGUGCUUGCUUAUCACCCGAUGUAUAAAAAGAAAGUUGGAUGUGGUGUUGAUUAUAUCAAGGUAGAUCUAGCUCCAGGUUUUCAAGAUGUGAAGUGCUUUUGGUUGGUUAGAACGGACGGAAGUGAGAUCGAUUUCUCUUUCCACAAAUGCCUCAAAAUGAAAGUCUUGAGAGAAUUUCCAUCCUAUAUUGACAGAUAUGAUGCUUUGUACUGCUUUAUGCAUACAAGACAAUGGUAUCCAGCAAUGGUAUCCAGGAACAAUCAAAUGUGAUCGUUUUGCUCCAUAUUUCCAGUGCGACUGUCAGCUGCUUUGAGCAAUUCCAUUGAAUAUCACCGCAUCUCUCUGAAGAACCAUAUUCAGCUUCUGCAAUGCAGUGAGAUUCUUUUUUUCACACAUCAGAUUGUAGAUGAGGAUUUUUCUAUAUGGUAAGCAGCUCGAAAAGCUGCUUCUGCAACAUCGAUUGUUGCAACAGCCAAUGAUUCAGAACACAAGAUAUUUUUGUAGAAGUAUCGGUUCGGAGAAUGUGGAGAUUUGUUAAAAAGCGUAAGGAUAGAAGAGGUACUGCAAUAUGUGUAGGAUAAGUACCUACAGGCUUUUAAAAGGUACAUGUUUUCAUAUUAUAUCUGAUCAUAAUGUAGAUGAUAAUCAUAUAUUUGCAUGUUUACUAAUAUUCAUUGAUAAUACAAUUCACCAAAUGUUUACGAAGAAUGAAAAAAUUACAAAA